AUGGAUUUUAAACACCCUGUCCACAUGUUCAACGGAAAGUCGUUCAAUGAAUGGGAGUGUCGACUCAAUGUGUACCUCGAACUCAAGGAAGUCCUUGAAGUUGUCGAUGGCGCUAUGCCUCCAACUCAUGCGGACUUCAUCUCCAAGAACAGGUUUGCCAGCGCCAUUAUCCUGGCAGCUCUUGACAACCACCACGUCUGUAUGGUUUCCAAGCAACCGACUGCUGCAUCCAUGAUGAAGCUCCUCAGCGAACGCUACGGCACCAAAUCCUUUAUGUGCGAAUCCUAUAUGUUUCAAAAGCUGCUGGAGAUUCGCAUCCGCCACAACGAAUCUGCCCGUGAGUAUUGCGAUCGUUUCGAAAUUCGUCUGGGUGGAGUGCUCGAUGCUGGGAUGACCAUCGACGACAAGCUCCAAGUUCACAUAUCCUGA